UACGCAUGGUAAUUCGGUGUUAAGUGUGUGAGACGUGUGCGCGCGUACUUUUCACUCGCGAAGAAUUUUCAUUGAAUUUUCACGCAAAAUUCGGGGAGUUUUCUCGAAUUGAUUCUCCUCAAUAACCCCCCAAAAAUUCAAUUGGAACUUGUUGUGUGUGCCACCCGCCGCCCAAUCCAGAGAGCUUUCGCAUCAACCCAGGAGAGACGCAAUGGCGACCACAGUUGCUAAGAAUGAGGCACCACAGCCCACAAAUGGCGUUGAUAAAGUCAAGAAGUGCAAAAGGUGCGAGAAGGAUGUCUUCCAGAUGGAGCUCAUCAAGGCGGAAAAGGCUUUCUGGCAUCGGAACUGCUUUAAAUGCUCAGAGUGCAAUAAGCAAUUGAGAAUGGACACGUAUCAGAGCCAUGAAGGCGUCCUUUACUGCAAGCCUCAUUUCCGCUCCCUCUUCGCUCCGAAGCCCGUUGAAGAGGUCUCCGAACCAUCGGUACAACCACGCAAAUACGAGGUGAUUGUGCGUGAAAAUCAGCCCCAGGAAUUGCCACCGGAUGUUGUGAGGUCCAGCGACAAGCCCAAUCUUGGGCUGGAGGAGCUGCAAUCCCUGGAUCUCCGUUCUCGGUAUCAGAUGUUUGAGAAACCCGAAACUCCAUCCACACCACGUGAGGGCCCACCACCAUCGAGGCAGGCCAUUAAGUCGAAGAUUGCGCGAUUGGGAUCAAAGGGAGUGGCAUCUGGGGUACCGGAUGAGGAGCUAAAGGGAAUGGCAGGUGAGGAUGGAUCUUCGAGUGAUGAAGAACCCAUUGGGGGGAAUUUCACCGAACGCCUGGGGUACAAGGAGAUGCGCGAUAUUCGUCGAAAGUUCGAAGAUGGCCACGUGGCGAGUCGCGAAGAGCGCCGCGAGGAACGCAAACAGGAGAUCCAGAAUAUCCGUUCACGUCUCUUCAUGGGGAAGCAGGCGAAGAUUAAGGAAAUGUACCAACAAGCUGUACUGGAGAGUGAGCAGGGUGGGAAUACGGGGCAGGUUAAGGACUUUGGGGUUUGCAAGGAGGCCAGUUCAAUUCGUGAUCGUUUUGAGCGGGGCGAGGUCUUCUCGCAGGCCAGGCAGACAUCUCGGGAGGAUGAUGUGAGUGAGAUUGUUCAGCACGGUCUGGCCAAGACGAGUCGCUCCAUUUUCCAGGAGUUAGACGCAAACCAGGGAACGGCUCCACCGCCAGUUCAGACUCCCAGGCCUGCAUCAGACCUGCACAGAUCCCCAUCAAUGGCGUCGGCAUAUCCACCAUCUGGUGAAAUUGUUCGCAGUGAUUCACAGGUGGACAACGUCCAUGUUGAGACAAAGGAGAUCAGCUCGAGGUUCAAGUUUUUCGAAACCUACCGUCCCAAGGAGGUGCAGAAGCGCGAAUUUCGUAUUACACCACCACGAGAGGGCGUUGUACGGAUGCCCUCCCCGGAGAAGCCAGAGUACGCCGACUGGCCCAAAGCGAGUGAACUCAUCGAGGAGGAGAUAGUCAGCAAGAAGACAGCCUCCAAGAUGUUGUCCAUCUUCCGACAAAUGGAAAUGAUGGACGAGGACGCACCAGCUGACCCGAAGGCACCCAAAGAGAUCACCCCACCACCGGAGAUCUCAACAAAUGGACACAAUACGUCAGGGAAGAUUUCUGAAGCUGAACGAAUUGCCAGAGCACGGGAGUUGAAGUCCAAAUUUGAAAAUUGGGACUUUGAGAAUGUCGAACGCAGUUCAAGCUCAGUUCGGCUCUUUGAUGGUGAAGAUGAGUCUCAGAUUGAGAGCACUAAGAGUCUCUCUGCUAAAUUUGAAUCAAUGAAGGACACUAGUCGCGUUUUUCGUCCUCGUGCAAAUAUCAAAGUUAAUCGAUUUGUGUGACCUCCUGGAUAAUGGAUUGAAAAUCCCGUACCCAGUGUGUGUAACUCUCCUCUUGUUCUUUCUAAAAGAUGUGCUACAUAUCUACAUAAUAAUUAUAUAUUUGUCAUACAUAUAUAAACAUUAUAUAUUAAAAUGUUCUCAAUAAAGCUAAUCCAUUU